CGCUGAGGGUCUUACAGGCCUUGAUAAGCAGCCUUCUUCUCCUGCUUUGUUUUCCAAGAUAAAGAGUCAUGGAAGCUCCUCAAUGCUGCGUGUCUGCCUCCUUCCCUAAAGGGGAUGCUGUGACAUCCCAGUUCUUCUGCCAAAUUUCUCCCAGAACCCUCUUGUUCCCCUUCCUUGCAGAAGCAGGAAUGGGACGGAAAGGAAAGGAAAGCUUUUGGGAGGCGUGGAGGAAGUUGCUACAGAGCAGGCCCUCUUUUUAUACCUGCUUUCCCUCAGGGUUUGUUCUCUUCUUUUGACACCUCCCCAUUCUUAUGCAGCUGGGAAGUUUCCAGCUUGAGGGGUGGCAAGCAAUUUAAAUAACAGGCCUGGGAGGGGAAAUCACAGGCCACUGGCUCCCAAGAGAAUCUAAUAGUGAAUACUAGUGAUUCAUUCAGAUUCUGAAAUAUACUUUCCAGUGCUAUCCUAAGCUUUUGCUGAACGUUGGUUCUUUAAAAAAUCGCAUGUUAGGGCCUAGGAAGAAACUUGCAAUAUUUUUCUAGAUGUGGGCGACAUUCACAUUAAUUUAAGGAACGGCUGUCUCUGAUAUUCUUUCCCCCAAAAUUAUGCCUUAUUGUAGUAAGACACCAGAAUGAAAAUGGAAUUUUUAAAUAUAUGUGCUUAACCCUCAGCCUUUUAAAAAUAUGCCGUUACUUAUUAACCAGCUAUAGCCUUACUUGAUUAACCUACUAGUCAUAUGACUUAAACCUUACAGUCUUUAUUUUUAAAAACUAGCACCUGUUCUGGUGUAUACUGAAUUAGCACUCCGAUCUUUCGUUGGAAAAGCAUUGCUGUCUACCUCAGAGAUAGAGAAUCUGUUGUUGUUUUGGGCUACGACACUUCAACAUCCCUGACCUUUGCCAUGCUGGCUGAGGCUGAUGGGACUCUAAACAUCUGGAAGGCCACAUGUUCACACACCUGCUCUGCUUUAUAUGGGAAAAUGGAUCUUGCAUACUGAAAUUCUAAAUAAUUUUAUUUUACUAUGUGCUUGAGAGAGAAUAUAAGUGUGUGUGUGUGUGUGUGUGUGUGUGUGUGUGUGUGUAUGAAUUCAUUAUACAUUUAAUCAUGCCCAUUAAUUUCAGUGAGUCGAAUCUGAGUAGGACUAAGCUUGGAUGCAACCCUGUUGAUAUUACCGUAGCAAAACAUCUUUCUUGGUCAGUGCUACCAGCCCUCGUGGAGAGAUCUUGCAGUCCUUAUACAGAGCUAUCGUUUUCAGCAUUUCUCUCAAUAUCCCCCACAGAAGAACAUGCAAGAUGGCGUCGGUGUUCAGGAGCGAAGAGAUGUGCCUGUCGCAGCUUUUCCUACAGGUGGAGUCUGCCUAUUGCUGCGUGGCAGAGCUGGGAGAGCUGGGCCUGGUUCAGUUCAGAGAUGUGAGUAGACAUGGGAACCUGUGGGGUGGGGAAGUGGUGUUGGUUGCACUCCCAAGAACCAGCAGCAAGGGUCAGAAGGUUCUUCAGAAGGUUUUCUUGUACUCGGUGCCUUUUCUGUCACCAUUCAGCCCCAUGUAGAGUGGAUUGCCAAAGUCUAGAUGCGAGGUUACCAGAUCGUGCACUGCUGUAGCCAGGCUAUUCUGGUUCAGGAAGGGCCAAACUGGAAAUAGGCUCUCCUGGCCACUGAGGCUACAUGGACCUCAAGGGACAGCAGUGGCUCUAGGAGAUAUGAACCUGCUUUUUCAGGGGCAACUCCAUCUUGAGUUGUCUACCCAGUUUCUCCAUCUUGUUGUGAUUCAGCCUCAGUUUAUUGGCCCUCAUCCACCUCAUUAUGUCCUCUGGACACCAAAACACCUUUCUUGGGGCUCGUCCACACUUCCUGCUUUUCCUGUGCCUAGAAAGCAUGGGUCCGAGAGUGGUCUUCAGUGCUGCAUCAGAGCAAACAACAAUCCAGACAAAACCCAGAUUGCUGUUUGCUCUGAUUGAGCGCUAAAGAGCAGUUUUCGCUGGGGGAGAAGCAGCAGGACAAGAUCAAGUGUGGUUAAGGCCCAAGACCAAACAGCCUCCUGAUAUUAUAGAAUCAUAGAUCUGGAAGGCACCCUGAGGAUCAUCUAGGGCAACCCUCUGCAAUGCAUGAACACGAUGCUUGAAAUGCUUCUCCCUCAGAAGUUCCUCCAUCAGACAGUUGAUCUGGGUUGCGUACACACAAUGCAUUUAACACACACAAACACACAUACACCUCUCAAUGAAUCCUGGGAAUUGUACUUUGUUGAGUGUGCUGGGUAUUGUAGCUGAAGUUCCCAGGAUUCUUUGGGGAAAACAUGAUUUUCUCUAAAUGUAUGCUGCCAAGACCUGCCAAGGAAAAUGAAGAAUAUAUUUAUGUAUGCGACAACGGUGGCAAGAGUUUUAAUAGCACAAGGAUGGAAGAAUGAUGAAAUCCCAACAAAAGAACAGUGGCAAGAGAAAUUGAUGUGGAAUUGGCAAAACUGACGCACAAACUACGUGACAAAGAUAACUAUGACUUUAAAGAAGAAUGGGAACCUUUUACAAAGUAUCUAAAGAAUCAACUAAAUGAGUUGGACUCCUUGGCAGGUUUUGAAUAAACAUGCACCAGUUUAUUUGUUAACAUAAUAGAUAGAUAGCUUAGAGAUUCUUACACUUUUACAAUAUGCAGAGAACAAUAUGUGUUAAUAAACCAGAAAGAGGAACUGAGGUAAGUCGUAGGGGGUAGGGAGGGAGGAUAUGUGGGGGUGGGAGGGAAAAAUGGGGAAAAAUAUAAUUGUUGAGAUAAUUUGUUAUGUGAAAACUGUUAAUAAUUUUUUUAAAAAUAAAAUAAAAAUAAAUGUAUGCUGUGUAUGCAGUCAAUUUAAAUCCUCACAGGAGCGAGUUUAACAGAGUUGUCACUCACCAACACCAGUGGCAGUUCUGCCCAUCUUGGCUGUGACGAAAGGCAGUCUCUGCCUGGAAGCACCUUGACCCCAGUUAAUAUAUGGGGUGGGAGCAGAAGAGGUAACAAAGUCUGGACCAGAAGGACAGGGCAGCCUCUGCCCCAGAGUUCCUUCUCCUUUAUUGGGAUUGAUAAUGUCAGUGCUGGACUUUAGGCUCUCAAAUUUCAGUGGCACCCUGUUCAGCGCUAAAAUUCCUUCCCGCCUCACACGCUCUGUUCUACAGCAUUAUUUUGGCGCCCCUUGCAGAGCAGCGCCCAGUGGAAGUGCACUGGCUAAAACCACCUCUGCUUCAAUCCAUAGGGCCGAGGCGCUGUAAACAACUGCUUGCGGGAUUUUGUACUCUGAAAGUUGUACUGUCUAUGCAUAUACAGAUGGAAAGAUUUCAAGAACGUUAAGAUUUGUCUGUAAGAUUGGUCCAGGGACAGCCAAUCCUUUCAGAUGAACUCUUUUAAUUCAUUUUGUUGUGGUUGGAUUAAUUUUUAAUUAUUAUUUUUUUGCAAAUACGUACAAAUCAAAACUUACAAACCUGAAAAAGAAAAAAGAAAUUAAGGUUACAAAAAAAGAAGAAAAGAGAAAAAGAAAAGCAAAAAGAAAAACAGAAACAUGAAUAAAUAUCAUACACUGAUACUGUUAAAUCUUAAUAAAGAAAAAAGAAAAUCAUAAAUAAAAUGGCAUUAAGUUAUUCAUUAUUAAACUAAUACUUUACAGAUCAAACACAUAUGUUUUAAACAAUUACCUCUUCCGUGUCAUCCAUUUUCCUAAUAAACUGACAUUUCUUAAAUAUUUCACUUUUUUUCGUGUUUUUUGUUCUUUCGUUCUUUGGUCUUCCGUCAGUCUCACAACAGUUCAUUAUUCCUAAUUGAAACUAACUUAUCUGUAUUUCAAUGCAUCGCUCAUUUUGGUAUCAGGGAGUGUUUUUUUACUUUUGCAGGGUUACUAAUUUUUAUUAUUAAUAUUUAUUUAGUUGAAUGCAAAUGUGAACAGCUUCCAGCGAAAAUUUGUGAAUGAAGUCAGAAGAUGCGAAUCCCUGGAAAGGAUCCUUCGUAAGUAGACUUGUAACUUUCUUCUUGUGCUGUUCUUCACUAAAAUGAGCUGCGGAACAGGUUUCUGCUUUAUAAAAAGAAUAGUAACUUGGGGAUGUAGCAGUAAAAGAUGCUGGCUCUUUUUCUGAGAGGUUUUUUUUAGCAUGUUAAAAAAAAAUUUCCCCAGAAAGAGUGUUCAAUUCCUGGUAUCAGGGCAUUUUCAGGACACUGUUCCCGCAGGUGGGUGUGGUUUCAGACCCCUUUCACAAUGGAUUUGUUUUGUAAUUUACUAAACAGGCCAUUAGUCACCACUGGGCUAUCUCUUCCCUUGACAUGGCCCACAGCAGAGAGCCACCAACCUUUUUGAGCCCAUUUUGGGCCCAUUUGCAAAUGGGAGAAGUUGUUAUAGAUAUCCUACACAGACCCCAAACAAAUAAUAAUAAUAAUAAUAAUAAUAAUAAUAAUAAUUAAUAAAUGUUAUUUAUACCCCGCCCUCCCCAGCCAGAGCCGGGCUCAGGGUGGCUAACACCAGUAAAAUUACAGUGAAAACAUAAUAUAAUGGGGGGGGGGCAUUUAAAAUAGAGGUUAAAAUGCAAUUUAAAAUGCAGCCUCAUUUUAAAAGUAGUCCAUAGAUGAAAACCAUAAGGGGAGGGAAACAUAAGGGUCAGAUUGAGUCCAAACCAAAGGCCAGGCAGAACAGCUCUGUCUUGCAGGCCCUUCGGAAAGAUGUCAAGUCCCGCAGGGCCCUAGUCUCUUGGGACAGAGCAUUCCACCAAGUCGGGGCCAGUACUGAAAAGGCCCUGGCCCUAGUUGAGACCAAUCUAACCACCUUGUGACCUGGGACCUCCAAAAUGUUGUCAUUUGUGGACCUUAAGGUCCUCUGCGGGGCAUACCAGGAGAGGCGGUCCCGUAGGUACGUGGGUCCUAGGCCACACCAAACACACACCACACUCUAUUUUAUUGGCUACAACUGAAUGCUUCUUUUGAGCUUCAUUUCAGAGGGGUGGGGAGGGAUCUUCUGGGAGCCAAGGAAGACCUCUGGGGGUACAUGCGCACCCGUGGGUACCAUGUUGGCGACUCUUGAUGUAUAGUAUAGCACUGUUUUACAUUCAGGUGAAAAUUAGAUGGCACCUUUCUUUCUGGUUUGCUCACAGGCUUUCUGGAGAGUGAGAUGGGGGAUGAUAUAGUGCUUUUCAAGCCUGAAAAAUGCCCAGAGACACCGCUACCUCGAGAAAUGAUUGACUUAGAGGUAAGCAGUUUGGGACUAGUACCUGCAAGUGCCAGUCAUGUGCUGGGGAAGUGUUGUGUGUGGCAUUGGCAGUUAACCCAUUGUAUAUAUUAGGAGAACCGUAUAAUUCUUAAUAGAAAUACACUGCAAGGAGUUGUAUUUGUCCGUCUGAGUGGGGUGGGGUGGGGAGAAAUCCAGAGUUAACAGUAGGGCAAUGCUUUUGUUAGAAGCAAAAAUAAACACGAUGAAGCAUUGUGAUGAACUACAUUAGCUAAAACGAUGAACCGUGGCUGCAAAUUCCUAGCGGAUCUUGCAGCUAAGGCUGUUUUAGGGUCCAGAGUUCUCCUAAUUUUCUUAACUCAUUCAGGCCGUAAUCCUAAAAUCAGAAUGGGGAAACUAGGGUUCUCCAGAUAAUGUUGGACCCAGCCUGCUCAGUUUUUUGUGACAUUUUUGUUGGUCUUCCAAAAAAGGCAUUCCCAGUGGCUUUCCAUCAUGAGAACAUAUGAACAUUAUUGGAUCAUCAAGCUAUAAAGUACUCUCUCUUAUCUCUCCUGUGUCUCUGGCAUAAUCUCUAUUGAUAUGUCGUAUAAUGAGAAAUGAAAAGGGACCUAUGUCUUUCCUCUACUCUGAGAGUAGCCAACUUGGUGCCUUCCAUAUGUUAUUAGAUUGUACCUCCCAUCGACUCUGACCAUUGGCCAUACUGGCUGGGGCUGAUGGGAGUUGGAGUCCAACAUUAUCUGGAGAACCCUAGUUUCCCCAUUCUGAUUUUAGGAUUGCAGCCUGAAUGAGUUAAGAAAAUUAGGAGAACUCUGGACCCUAAAACAGCCUGUGCGGCGAGAUCUGCUAGAGAUUCACCGUCACCAUUCAUCAUUUUAGCUAAUGUUGGUGAAAGGAAGAUUUGUUGUGUUUCCUGUUACUUGUUUUAGUGUCUACACAUAUCUUGAGUAAUCCAUGAAUAAUUCAUUCCCGGGAACAGCGCUGAGAUUUUAAUAUUCACAGCAAGAUUGCCUAACAUGCUGAGACGUAUUUUGAAAUGUUUACCAUGUAAUAAUCCAUCUUUAUAGUGAUCUGUUUUGUCAGCAGUGAGGUGCAUGAAAGAAUAAUUGGGCAUGCCUUUUGUUUUGCUCUGGGUAUAAACAGGGAGUUUUGGAGAAACUGGAGGCUGAGCUGGAGGAGGCUAACAAGAAUCUGCAGGCACUGAGGCAGAACUUUCUGGAACUCACUGAACUGAAACAUCUCCUGAAGAAAACGCAGGACUUCUUUGAGGUGACGUGAUUUUCGAAUACACUGUUGGCUUCUCGGAAGAUUCUACUGGUUGGAAGCAACCUCUUAAUUAUUUGUUUGAAGCCCUGAGGGAAACCUUGGGCCUGUGGGCAGAAUGUGGCCCACCAAGCCUCUCUCUGUGGCCCUAAGAACUCUCCCUAGCCACACACCCUUCCUAGUCACGCCCUCCUUGAAUGUUUUUGCCUGGCUGGGAUGCAUCCUUGAACUCUGAAAAUGCUUCUUGCUUGCUUGAGUGGAGGAUAGAGAGAGCUGGGUGUAAGCCACACUUAAAUCCAUUUUUGCCUAUGUCUCUGGCCACCAUUGACAUUUGGCCCCCAGAAGGCUGCUCAGUCAGGAAUGUGGCCCUCAGAUGGCUAAAUAUAGUAGAUGUGAUCAGUGCCCAAACAGAAUUUUCCUGGCCACGAUAUGAACUUGGGAUGAAAGAGCCCUAGCUCUCCAUUUCAAUGAUCCUGAUUAUUCUGCUUCACCCUCCCCUAGUCAGUCAGCUGCCCUGCUCAGCUGGUGCCCUCUUGCUUGGGCUCAGAAAUUGCCUGCAGGAACUAAGGAAUUCUGGGACUUGCAGCUCUUGAGAAAAUACAUCACAUACGGCAGCAUAAUCUCUAUAAUCUCUCAAACUCCCAAGUCUAGUUUUAAUUGUCCUUUAAAAAAUGCCUAUGUGCAAUAAUAAUAAUAAUAAUAAUAAUAAUAAUAAUAAUUUAUUAUUUAUACCCCGCCCAUCUGGCUGAGUUUCCCGAGCCACUCUGGGCGGCUCCCAAUCGAGUGUUAAAAAUAAUACAGCAUUAAAUAUUAAAAACUUCCCUGAACAGGGCUGCCUCAGGUGUCUUUUAAAGAUAGGAUAGCUGCUUAUUUCCUUCACAUCUGAAGGGAGGGUGUUCCACAGGGUGGGUGCCACUACCGAGAAGGCCCUCUGUCUGGUUCCCUGUAACCUCACUUCUCGCAAUGAGGGAACCGCCAGAAGGCCCUCGGUGCUGGAUCUCAGUUUGAUGAGGGUACAUAGGCUUAUAUACCCUAGCCUGGCUGAUACCUCACAGAACUACAGUUCCCAGGAAACAACAAAUGUCUGCUUAACUAGAUGACGCUCAACUCCAACUCCCAUCAUCCCUUGCCAUUGGCUAUGCUGGCUGGAGCUGAUGGGAGUUGGAGUUCAGCAGUAUCUGGAGGACCACAGGUUUCCUACCUCUACUCUGAUAGUCGCCAUUUUGGUGCCAGGUUCAGACACAUUUUAAAUGAUAUUUUAAUUGGAACUGCCUUUCUGCCCACCUUAGCCUAAUGUUUUUAGCCUUUCUUAAAAAGAAAAAGCACUUUAGAUUUUAAAAACCAAGAUUGUUUGUGGUUGGUUUUUGCUUUUAAACAUUGUGUUCAUGCAACGUCUGAAUAGUUUUGUUCACAUUUUUUGUACCUUACCCUGGAAUCUCAUGUUGAAGUGAGGUUCAUAAAUAUUUUAAAUAAUGAUAUAUACAUACAUAAACCUUUCUGUUCUGUGAACUUUCAAAUUAGACCUGUAGGAUAAAUUUAAUUCCUGAUUUCAGACGGAAACUAAUUUGCCUGAUGAUUUCUUCAAUGAAGACACCUCCGGGCUGUUGGAGUUAAGAAGCACACCUGCAGCCGUUGCUGCAAAACUGGGGUUAGUAUCAUUUGUGCUGAUUUAUGUUCUUGCAGAAAGCUCAGUAUGUGGAACUAAGUGAGAGAGUCAGGAAAUCAGUCAGGAGGAGAAAGUCAGUGACACAGAGGAAAGGCACAUGGUGGAUCUACACACGGGGCGGGGGGGGACAUUAUACAGUGGUGCCCCGCAAGACGAAUGCCUCGCAAGACGAAAAACUCGCUAGACGAAAGAGUUUUCCGUUUUUUGAGUCGUUCUGCAAGACGAAUUUCCCUAUGGGCUUGCUUCGCAAGACGAAACGUCUUGCGAGUUCUUGCGAGUUUGUUUCCUUUUUCUUAAAGCCGCUAAGCUGUUAAUAGCCGCUAAGCCGCUAAUAGCCGCUAAGCCGCUAAUAGCCGCUAAGCCGCUAAUAGCCGUGCUUCGCAAGACGAAAAAACCGCAAGACGAAGAGACUCGUGGAACGGAUUAAUUUCGUCUUGCGAGGCACCACUGUAAAUAAGUCAGAAAUUAAAUUGUUAUGGCAGAAGAAAAAAACCCUAUGUAAAAACGCUAUAGAAAGGUUUUGUGUUCUGUGGCGCCAUCUGGUGUUGCAUGUUUAUAACGCAUUCAAAUGACUUUUUUUACUAAUGUAGCUGAGUUCCACAGUUUGAGGGAAUAUAGGCUGGGAAAGGCACGUUUACAGUGGAACCUCUAUUUGUGACCAUAAUCUGUUCUGGAGGUCCAUCCGGAGGUUGAAACGGGUCGCUGGGAGAGGCGCCGUUGUGUGCAGGUGUGGGCGACGAUUGCCCGCUUCUGCACGUGUGUGAACGGCAAUCGCCGCCCCUGCGCAUACACAAACGGCGGCACACCUGCCAGUUACUUCCAGGUUUGUCGUGAUCGCGACUUGGAAUGACUGUAAGAAGUGGUGGUGGUAAGUAGAGGUUCGACUGUAUUCUGUAGCAAUAGACUUUAGUUUAACACACCUCUGGACACUUCCUCAGUUGAAGAGUCUAGAAUAUUUCAACUGAUCAACCUGAUCUAGUUGAAUGGCUAGUACCUUGAGGAGGAUUUUUCUUUGAUAUUCCUAGCCCUACAUUAGUUGCAGAGGUGGAGCUUUGUUGCUAAGUUGCAAACCUACCUUGUGUUUUAUAUGUAGGGAGUAAAUUGGGGAAGUAUAUUUAAUCCUGAAGUCCCACGUUAUGUGGGAAACUACCAAAGAAAUGGCUGGCUGCUUGAAUUUAAGAAGCAUGGGGCUUGACUCACUUUCUAGCCAAAAGAGCCCCCAGCAGCAUUUAAAAACACAAGUUUAUGCAGGGUUUGUGAAGCAAGGGACAUAUAGGCUUUUAGACCUUUAAAUACCCCAUUUUUGACGCUUACAACAUGCCCCUGCAUUGCACCUCCAUCUCUACCCCUUUUUCGGUGAAUAGACUACAUACUUUAGUAAGUUUAAAUACUUUACUUACAUAAUUGGAGGUCUGGUUCAUGCACCAGCCAACGCGGCAACACAGGCAAUAACGUCACGAGUACAAAACACAAAUAUGUGUAGUGCUUAGUGCGGAGAUGGUUGACUCGUGACAUAUCCUUUCUGUUUGUGUGACACGCAGAUUCAUAGCUGGCGUGAUCAAAAGGGAAAGAAUGGUGCCUUUUGAGCGUCUGCUGUGGAGAGCCUGCCGAGGAAAUAUUUAUCUGAAGUUCAGCGAAAUGGACACACCCCUGGAGGAUCCUAUCACUGUAGGUGGAGACGGUUUAAAAAACAAAACAACCAAAAAUUUUUUUUGGCACUUCUGCUGUUGUGUUUGGUAUGCGCAGCGCCAUUAAAUUGCAAGCGUAGUAUUUCGUCGGCUGCGACUAUUUUAAAAUUCCACUUGGGUUGCAUUUAUUUUCUCCAGAAAGAAGAGAUGAAAAAGAAUGUGUUCAUUAUCUUCUAUCAAGGGGAGCAACUCAGACAGAAAAUCAAGAAGAUUUGUGAAGGGUAAGGGAAAAUGUGCUGUUGAGAAAGGAGUGCUGGCUGUAACAGAGGUGUUUUUUCCAUUGUGGUAAACAAGAGAUUGGGACAGAACUAAGAAUCCUGUGUGGAGUGGCAUUUCCCUCCCCCAUCCACCCCCCACCCCCGUAUUCCACAUACAGAAACCAACUGGAGCAACAGCUGAAUCUUACUUUAGCACGGGAUGUGGGACAGCACCCUCCACCACACCUGAGGACAGCAAGAUACUUAGUGGGGUGCGUUGCAGGCUGUGUAGCACAUACAACUUUUCCUUCCAACACCUCUCUGCCUCACUCUGCCUAAUGAUAGGGCCGGUCGUGACUAAAUAGGUUCAUCUCUCAAACCUGAGCAUGAGGCAACCAGUCCACUUUGCAAAACUGUACCUCCUGCCUUUAUCCCUCAUCGCAAGGUCACCUACCUCAUUUGUCUAAUGGUAGGGCUGGCCAAGACUAAGGCCCUGCGCAUACCCUGCUUUUUUAAACACGUUUCUUCCCCCAAAGAAUCCCGAGAACUGUAGUUUUUAAGGAGUUGUAGCUCUGUGAAGUGCAGACUACAGUCCCCAGGAUUCUUUGGGGUGUUGUGUGUAUGUUUUAAAUGGGCUUUAAAUGUUGGGGUGUCCUCGGCCUUAAAUAAGCCCAUCUUAUCAUUCCCUGAGCAGUAGGAAACCAAUCCACAAGGCACCAUCCUACUUCCUAGUUCUAGCAGUCAUUUUCUUUUUUUCUUUUUUUAAAUAAUUUUUUAUUGAAGAAAUUUUAACAUAAUCAAACAUUCAAAUUACAUUUUACAAUUUCCAUUAAACCCCCCUCCCCGGCGACUUCUAGCAGUCAUUUUCAAUAACUUCUGACUCAACUUCAGGAAGAACUUGAUGGUGCUACGAGCUGUUCAGCAGCACUGGGUCGGAAGGUGGUUGACUAUCCUUCAUUGGAGGUUUUUACCGUAUUUUUCGCUCCAUAAGACACACUUUUUUCCUCCAAAAAAGUAAGGGGAAAUGUCUGUGUGUCUUAUGGAGCAAAUGUGUGGUCGAUCACUGGUUCCCUUUCCGGCCCCGGCCUCCAUUGUUGAAUGUUCUGCAGAUGGAGGCCGUUUAUUUCCCCAGCGACAUGUGACUGGCUGAUUGGAUUAUCUGUCUGGAAACUGUAGAAACGGCUCCCUUUCCUUUCCUAAAGAAGCUGCAGAACUGUGAGUUGAACCCCAUAAAAACAGGAUUUUUUCCCUUUGCAAAGUAAGCUCAACAACUUUGAGCUGAUUCUCAAAAAGGGCUUUUCCCCUUUGCAAAACAAGCUGCACAACUGUAAGCUGAUCCUGCAAAAAACAGAGCUUUCCCCCUUUCCUCCUCUAAAAACUAGGUGUGUCUUAUGGUCAGGUGCGUCUUAUGGAGCGAAAAAUACGGUAAACAGAGGUUGGGUGGCCCAUCUGUCAAGGAGUCAUUAACUGUGAUUCCUGCAUUGCUGGGGUUUGGAGUUGAUGACCCUUCCAGCAGCACAAUUCUAUGAUUCUGUAGGUCAAAAUCAUGCCCAAACUGGGUGUGUGCUGCUGUAGUCUAUUGGAGAUUCUGGCACAUUGUUUUUGAUAAGAUGCAAAUACAAAUAGCUAGUAGGCAUCUGAGACAGCAGUACAACUCCAGCAGUGCAAGAGCUUGCGCCUCUUGUUUUUACUGCAAGUUGUUUUUAAUUAGUGUCAUUGCUCUGCCAGUUUCAUGCGUGGCAAAUCCACACGCAGAUCUAUCCAAAAAUAUAAAGUGGAAUAAAAAAUAGUGGGUGUUACCUGCAUCCUCCUCUCUUUAACUAGGAGGUGCUUGGAUGAUGCUGACUGCUUCAGCAGAUCUAUCCACCUGAGAGGGGCUCCCCAGCGAAUUCUCCUUGAGUUUUCUUCAGAUCGCAUGUGCCAUUAGGGUAAAAGUGACAUUCUGUAUGCAAAAGGGCUGUUAGAAGAUCAAAGCCAAGUUACUGUGAUCGUGUGGGAAAAGUACCACAUCUGUGGGCUGCAGUAAAGAGGAAUAAUCUUUCAGGCACGAUUUAAAAGUCUAAUUUAAAGAUGGGUUCAGAACUCAGAAGCAUAUGAAACGGAAAUAAUAAUGAAAAAGGGCUAGGAGGCUUGAGGUUUUCUUUUCUUUUUUAGAAUAUUUUGUUGGAGAUCCCAUUUCAGAGCUGAAAUUGGAGCAAAGAUUAAUUAUUCUUUCGUAGCGCUUUCUGCCUAAAAUCAAGGAGCAAAGUAUUAUUGACUUUGCCUUGUACUCUGGUUCAUGCAUAUGCAAGGACUGUCUUGUAAUCAGAUGGUAGCUUGGCAAACAAUAGACGGCCCAGCCAGUCCGUGCAUUAUUGGAGAAAAAGAUGUGGUACUUCAGGCAAGCUUAUUAUGGCUACUGUGUACUCGUGAUUAAGGGAUGGGGCUGAAAUUUGAUUAGAUUUGCAUUUUAAUGCGAGCCUGCCUGAUACGCACUUUAGAAACAGCACACGAAUUGAAAUGUGGCUAUCCUUUGAAAUUUAUGCUUUUCCAAAUUUUGCCGCACAGUUCGCCAGCCAGAAAAAGAAUUGUGCGAAAAGGUGUGUGUGUGUGUGUGUUAAGAGAAAGUGUGCAUCAAUGAAAAUAGCCAAAUCAUUUGAUUUAGGGGAAAUUGCUUGCAAAAAAGUUAUAUAUUAGGCAAAAUGGCAUAUACAAUGGGGAGAGAUGCGCACCAAAACUUUUGUCAGGACUUAAAAAAAGAAACCUACGAAUUGAUGUGGAAAUGAGGUGACUCAAACUUCAGAUGGGGGGGGGGGAUGUGAAACUAAAUGAAAAUGAGAUUGACAGAUUUGUUCAUGCCUAUUCCUGCUUAAAACGCCUGGUCAUGCUGUACCAUUGAAAUAAUACUGUUUUGAGAAGGAAGGAACUUGAAGCAUAAUAAUGUGUUACAGAGAAUGUGAAGCGGCCACUGAAAACUAUGCCACCCUGUGUGACCCAAGCCUUUGUUGUUUGGAAUGGAAAGCACCUUUGCUUGUAGUUCUGCAUGGAAUGAACAAGCAGAGAGAAGCCUGUUCCCCAGGGUUCCAUUACACUAGGAAAGCAAAGCCUUUGCAGACAAGGGUCUGUUUGACUUCCUAGUGGUUCCAUUAAGUGCUAGGCAGGCAGCAACUGUUAGAGAGGGACAUAAAUGCUGCCCCUUGUCCCACUAAGGCAAAGGUUUACAUACCCUCCAAUAUUUCUCCGAUGAAAAUAGGGAUGUCUUAUUCUUAUUCUCCACCCAUCUGACUGGGUUAGCCCAACCACUCUUGGUGGCUUCCAACAUAUAUAAAAACGUAAUAAAAACGUUAAAUAUUAAAAAAACUUUCUUAUGCAGGUCUGCCUUCAGAUGUCUUCUAAAAGGUGGUACAGUAGCUUCAGGUUGAGCGUUUUCAGGUUACGCUCUGCAGCAACCGGGAAGUAACGGAAUGCGUUACUUCCAGGCUUCACCACUUGCGCAUGCGCAGACGCUCAAAAUGAUGUCACGCACAUGCGCGGAAGUGGCAAAAUGCGACCCGCGCACGCGCAGAUGCAGGUUGCGUUCACUUCAGGAUGCGAAUGGGGCUCCGGAACGGAUCCCGUUCGCAUCCAGAGGUACCUUAUCUCCUUGGCUCAGGGGUUGGAUAACAGCAUACCCUCCAACAGUUCUCCAAUGAAAAUAGGGACAUCCUAAGGAAAAACGGGACAUUCUGGGAUCAAAUCAUAAACUGAGAUGGCUUCUGUAAAUCUGGGACUGUCCCUGGAAAAUAGGGACACUUGGAGCGUCUGGGUUUAGGUCGCAUUCACAUGAUACCACUUUAAACAGUCUUAACUUUCCCCAAUGUAUUCUGGGAGCUGUAGCUUGUUAAGGCUGCUGAGUGGCUUAACAAUCAGAAUCUCAUCCCAGGGAACUGUGGGAAUUGUAGCUCUGGGAGGAGGAUAGGGACUUCCUAACAGCUCUCGGGACCCUUAACAAACUACAGCUCCCAGAAUACUUUGAGGGAAGCUAUGAUAGUUUAACAUGUUAUCAUGGUGCUUUAAAUGAAAGUUAUGAAUGUGGCCUAAGUCCCUGACCCUGAGUGCACCAAGGAUUAUGCUUACUGUUGGGCCGCUAGCAGUCCAAGCACAGCCAAGUGAGUCAGUCACUCUUGUUUUCACCAAAGUCACCACAGAAGAAUUGCUGUGAUUACUAAGCAGCUUGAUGGUGGCCCCUGCUGGCUUAUCAUUAUUAUCAUAAUUAUUAUUUUAUCUAUACCCCGCCCAUCUGGCUGGGUUUCCCCAGCCGCUCUGGGCGGCUUACAGCACAUUAAAAAUGGUAAAACAUUAGACAUUAAAAAUUUCCUGACACAGGGCUGCCUUCAGAUGUCUUCUAAAAGUCAGAUAGUUGUUUAUUUCCUUGACAUCUGAUGGGAGGGCGUUCCACAGGGCGGGUGCCACCACCGAGAAGGCCCUCUGCCUGGUUCCCUGUAACCUCACUUCUUGCAGUGAGGGAACCGCCAGAAGGCCUUGUUUUCAGUAUGUAACGAACACGGUAGUACAAUGAUUGUCACUGGCUUGUUUGCUUCAACUUGUCCCCCCCCCCCCCCAGGUUCCGUGCCACGGUGUACCCUUGCCCCGAGUCAGCUGGAGAACGCCGGGAGAUGGCUGCUGGUGUGAACACAAGGAUUGAGGAUCUAAACACAGUAGGUCGCCUUGGGCCUCGUUCCUGUGACUUAGUGGUAGGCCUGGCCUGGCCAGGGUUCUUCAUGUAUGUAUGUCCUCUGUUCUCAGGUUAUCACCCAAACCGAGUCCCAUCGGCAGGGGCUACUGAAGGAGGCGUCAGUGAACCUGUGGAGUUGGGGGAUCAAGGCGAAGAAAAUGAAGGCCAUCUACCACGUCCUGAAUUUGUGCAACAUCGACGUCACCCAGCAGUGCGUCAUUGCUGAGAUCUGGUUCCCCGUGGUAGACGCAGGCGGUGUAAAAAGGGCUCUACAUAAGGGAAUGGUAAGGGGCUGGGCCUGGAAUUCUUUAGCUGAUUUCCAGAGGGUCCUCACUAGCGUGCUCUGGGGGAAUGGCUGAGGGAUACAGCAAAAGAUCGCUUUUCCGGCAAAAGAUCCUAUGUUCCAUGCCUGGAAUCUCCAGGUAGGUCUGAUGAAUACCCUGGAGAGAUGCUGUCAGCCAGCACAGACAAAGCGAGGUGGACCAUGGUCAAUAUAAGGCAGGCUCCUUUGCAUCUAAUUAAGUCGUUUACAAGGACCACUUGGAAAUUGUCAAGGGUCAUUUUGGACCACUUAAUGAUGAGUUGACCAGGCGAUAUCUGGUUUUCAGCAUCAUGAUAUAUCACCAACUAAGCAUCAUGAUGGGAUGCAGGUGGCGCUGUGGAUUAAACCACAGAGCCUAGGACUUACCGAUCAGAAGGUCGGCGGUUCGAAUCCCCGUGACGGGGUGAGCUCCCGUUUCUCGGUCCCUGCUUCUGCCCACCUAGCAGUUCGAAAGCACGUCAAAGUGCAAGUAGAUAAAUAGGUACCGCUCCGGCGGGAAGGUAAACGGCGUUUCCGUUCGCUGCUCUGGUUUGCCAGAAGUGUCUUAGUCACGCUGGCCACAUGACCCGGAAGCUGUAUGCCGGCUUCCUCGGCCAGUAAAGCAAGAUGAGUGCCGCAACCCCAGAGUCGGUCACGACUGGACCUAAUGGUCGGGUGUCCCUUUACCUUUAAGCACCAUGAUAAACCAACAUACAGUAUAUCACAAUGUCUGAAAUAAAGAUGGAGCUAUGUAGAGGCAUUGGCUGGCUUCACGGUUUUCCCUACAUUGUGAUUUCUGCAUAGCGCGCACACAUCAUGAUUCACGAUAGAUAGCCAGGUCAAAAAUUAUGAACCUGAUACGGCAAUAUGGGCUUCAGAUCGGUUUGGGGUGGUAUAUCGCACAGCCUUAAGAUGACAUAGGACAUAGCCACCGUGGCAAGCAAAUUCAUUAAUGAAUUUGCUGGAUCCUCUUUUAAAGCCUUCCAUGCGUGAAAUAGCACAGGGAUAGACCUGAGCCGAACAUUAAUGUUUCAGUUUUGGGGAAGGCGGCAUCCAUAUGUACCACAGGCAGGUCAGGUCCACCCAGUGUGUUAUGAGGGGGACCCAAUCUCAUCUCCCUACCACAUGCAGCCUCUAAGGCAGUCUUCAUCAAGCAGGUGUUUCAGACUACACAGGUGUGCCGACUGUUUCGGAUGGAACUGGUAGUCCCAAAUAUCUGGAGGGCACCAGCUUGGCAAAGACUGCCCUGAGCUCAUCCGAACCAGCCCAUGAUUGCUGUAUAUUUUGCAGGUAGUAUUCCAUGGCACAAAAGUCUUUCUAUGAAGUGGGAGAGAGCAGGGGAAGGGUUGUUUGAGAAGAAGAAAACAGCUGUUGUCAGCUUCACAAUAGCUAAUUUUGGAAACAUCGGAAAACAAAUGUCCCUGAUGCUGGGGAAAUGAAGCUCAAAAUGGAAUAAUCUGCAGUAUUUGCUGACAGUAGCCAUUUCCGUUUUCUGGUGUGUGUGUGUGUGGUUUAUUUUUUUAUUUAUUUCUGUACCAUUUUAGUGCUGUCUGACCUUCACUCUGCUGCAUAAGCUUCUAUUUUUAAUAUAUAAACUAGUGUUUGGGCCCAGUUGAUGGAUGUAGAGAUCUUUGAGGUGGCAUCUGAAAUACUAGGGUGAAAGUGGGGGACAGUGUCCUAAAGGAUUCUGUCUUCAUUUGUUCAUUAAAAUAUUUUGCAUUUUAUUUUGUUGUUGUGUCUAGCACUUUUUACCUUCUGGAUAAAAUGAGUUUGGGACUCUGCAGAAAUACUUUAAAUAUAUAACUCUUCUGAGCAAUGUCCCCCCCCCCCCCGGUAAUCCUAGGUCACAUCAAUGCUACAAAUCAGCCUACUGGGUUUCCUGUACAAAGAACCCUGGAAAGUGAAGUUUAGCCAAAGCACUUGUGAUGUGUGUCACAAACACAUUGACAUUCUGCUGAAGGGUUUGAUUCCCUUGGCAGCUAUUAAAAAACUCUUUGAAAAUGCUCGCGGGAGGGGGGGACGUUUUAAAGCUCACAAUGGAAAAUUCUGGUUCCGGCUCUACAGCACCAUCUGGUGUCACAGUGUUAGAAUGCAUUUAUAAUGUUUUAUUUUUACUAAUGUAGCUGAGUCCUGGAUUAGCUUUGCUGUAGGUAUUUUAUGUCGUAGAUAUUUAUCCAAUUUUUUUUGCAGAUGUUUAUACAUUUGUUUCAUAAAAUUUAUACUGGACUUGAUUGUUAAAAAAACAAAACCACCACAGUAAAAUUAUCCAUAAAAAGAUCUAAUGACAUUAAUUUAGAACAUUCAGAAAAUUAAAAUAAUAAACUGAAAACAGAUUAAAACACGCAUCAACUUUCUAAAUAUCUGGGUAGGCUUGUCUAAACGGAAAUGUUUUUAGCAGGUACCCAAAAGAGUUGAGUGAAGGCAUCUGCCUGAUAUCAGUAAGCCUAGGUGCUCCCACACUAAAAAACAACAGCACCUGAGUUCUUACAAAUGCAGGACAGAAAUUAUGUCUAGCAGUGCCAGUGCCGCAGAUUGAAGUGGUUGAGUGAGCAUAGGUGGGGUAGGAUCCUAAUCGCCAUCUAUCUGAUUGCAGGAACGUAGCGGCUCUACAAUCAACCCAAUCCUGACUGCGAUACAAACCAAGAUGUCUCCUCCCACCUUUAACAGGACCAAUAAAUUCACUUUGGGUUUUCAGACUAUUGUAGAUGCCUAUGGCGUGGGUAAUUACAGGGAACUUAAUCCAGGUAAACGGACUCUGUUCUAUUUUUUGCUGUAGCUUGGUGGGGUUUUUUUUAGGAUUCAAGGUUUAAAAGGAAAUGCAAGGUGCUUUUAUUCCUCUGUCGGUUCCUAUUGCUUCAACUUAAACCAGGGCUUCUUGCCUGAAAUGCAGCGACAUUUGGGUUUCUGUAGAUUGAAUGGGGUUUUUUUUUCAGAAGGGGGGGGAAGCAACAUGGAUAUGUUCUGUUUAUUGCACGCCAUUAUUGUAGGGGUGAACAAAAAGCGCUGUCAGCAAGGCAAAUGUUUCUUUACAGGACAUUCAGUGCAAUCACCAGUGCCAGGUUUUCAGAACAGAAUCUCACCAAUCAUCAAUUAUAAUGAAUUUUUGGUAAUGAAAAUUCCCAUCCUCCCGCUUGCCCAAAAAGAGGCUUCACUGUGAUGUAUAACAGUGCCACCUGGUGAUUCCAAUUACCGUAUUUUUUGCUCUAUAAGACUCACUUUCUCCCUCCUAAAAAGUAAAGGGAAAUGUGUGUGCGUCUUAUGGAGUGAAUGCAGGCUGCACAGCUAUCCCAGAAGCCAGAACAGCAAGAGGGAUUGCUGCUUUUACUGCGCAGAGAUCCCUCUUGCUGUUCUGGCUUCUGAGAUUCAGAAUAUUUUUUUCUUGUUUUCCUCCUCCAAAAACUAGAUGCGUCUUGUGGUCUGGUGCGUCUUACAGAGCGAAAAAUACGGUAGUUCUCACGGGCUAAUUUACUUUAUUUGCUGGAACCAGUACUCAAAUUAUGGGCUUUAAUGAAACCCACAAUGCUGCCUCUCUAAUUUUAGGCAAAUCCUGCACCCCCCUGUAACCUUUGAGACUGUUUUUAAAAAAAGGUGUCAGGCCACUCUAUAAUUCAAUCACCAAAUGCAUUUGGCUUUUUCUCGCUGGCAUAUGGUGAGAUUGACAUUACCUCCAGGGAGCCUGAGAAACGGAUUUCCCAGUGCCACCAAAUGGGGCUCCCCAUGCUGGGAAAUGGGAGUUCCUGAUGCUCCUUGGCUCAACAACCCCCUUCCUUUCAAGGAAUGACCUUAACGCCUUUCUCUGUCCCACAGCCCCCUACAUUUUAAUCACCUUCCCUUUUCUGUUUGCGGUGAUGUUUGGCGAUUGUGGCCACGGGACUGUCAUGCUGGCCUUUGCUCUCUGGAUGGUCAGCAACGAGAAGGCCCUCUUAGCCCAGAAAACUGACAAUGAGGUGAGUAGCCUCAGGCAGAACUGUAUGCUGGCGGCAGCCUUCAAAGGUUUCGCUCCAGGGACAGAGAAAUAAUUCAUUUCCAAACAGUAAUUUGAAGCGGGGAUUGGGAAAGGAGGGUGACGACAAGUUCUUCCAAAUGGCUCUUCAUAUACUGUAGGUAAAGCUAAAAGGACCCCUGACCAUUAGGUCCAAUCGUGGCCGACUCUGGGGUUGCGGCGCUCAUCUUGCUUUACUGGCCGAGGGAGCUGGUGUACAGCUUCCGGGUCAUGUGUCCAGAAUGACUAAGCCGCUUCUGGCGAACCAGAGCAGCACACUGAAACACCGUUUACCUUCCCGCCGGAGCGGUACCUAUUUAUCUACUUGCACUUUUUGGUGUGCUUUCAAACUGCUCGGUUGGCAGGAGCAGGGACCAAGCAACAGGAGCUCAGCCCGUCGCAGGGAUUCGAACCGCUGACCUUCUGAUCGGCAAGUCCUAGGCUCUGUGGUUUAACCCACAGCGCCACCCGCGUCCCACACUUGGGGAUAGGGAACCAUUUUCACACACCCUAGGGCCACAUGCCCUUCUGGGCAAUCUUACGGGGGCCAGGAGUGGGCGGAGCAACAAAUGCAAAUUUUACACAGCAGGCCAGUUUCUACACACAAGGACACUCUUCCUCCCUCUCUCCCUCCAGGCAAGCAAGAAGAUUACCAGAGUUCAAGGACACUUUCCAACCAGGCCAAAACACACCAGGGGAGCGUAGCUAGGCUAGCGAUGGGAAGAGUUCAGAGGGCCAGAAAGUGAGUCCUAGAGGGCCACAUUUAGUCUGAGGCUUGCCAGCCCUUGUAUGCUGCUCCUGAUAUUCUCUUUGCCCUGGCAAUCGCCCUGUGCAGAUCUGGAACACCUUUUUCAGCGGCCGCUACCUGAUCCUCCUCAUGAGCAUCUUCUCCAUCUACACCGGCUUCAUCUACAACGAUUGCUUCUCCAAGUCGUUCAAUAUAUUUGGGUCUUCCUGGUCUGUCCGCCCCAUGUACAGUGGCGGGAACUGGACGUAAGUGGCGAGCUGGGUCCUUGUGAGCCAACCUAGAUGCUACCCUAAAUGUGUGAUGGCCGCAGAAAACGGCAGCCGCUAAUAAUAAUAACAAUAAUAAUGAUAAAUUUAUUAUUUAAAUUUGGGUGGCUUUCACCCAACUCUGGGUGGCUUUCAACAGAAUAUUAAAAUACAAUAAUCUAUUAAACAUUAAAAGCUUCCUUAAACAGGGCUGCCUUCAGAUGUCUUCUAAAAGUCUGGUAGUUGUUUUUCUCUUUGACAUCUGGUGAGAGGGCGUUCCACAGGGCGGGUGCCACUACCAAGAAGGCCCUCUGCCUGGUUCCCUGUAACUUGGCUUCUCGUAGCGAGGGAACCACCAGAAGGUCCUCGGCGCUGGAUCUUAGUGUCCUGGCAGAACGAUGGGGGUGGAGAGGCUCCUUCAGGUAUACUGAACCGAGGCCGUUUAGGGCUUUAAAGGUCAACACCAACACUUUGAAUUGUGCUUGGACACGUACUGGGAACCAGUGUAGUCUUUCAAGACCAGUGUUAUGUGGUCUCGGUGGCCGCUCCCAGUCACCAGUCUAGCUGCCGCAUUCUGGAUUAGUUGUAGUUUCCGGGUCACCUUCAAAGGUAGCCCCACGUAGAGCGCAUUGCAAAUGUACAGUUGUUGUCUCUCCCCCGCCCUUCCACAAUGUCUUCUGGAAUAUUCCUCGGGUUGCAACCGUCCUCAUUUCCCUGCCCCACACCAGCAGUGCCCAGGGGUGCAGAGUGAGGGGCAAACUCCCUUUGCCUCAAUUCAGAACGGGUUUGGCUAAUGCAAAGUGGUUAGCAAUGGUUUGGGAUUUGGGUUUGGUGUUACUGUUUCUUCAAGCAUCAAGCAAUGGGGAAAGCCCAUCUCACUCCUGUGGGAAACCUAAGCAAAUCACGUUUCUCUCUUCAUCCGUAGGGAAGAAAUUGUUCAUAAGUCAGAUACCCUCCAGCUGGAUCCGGCAGUGGCAGGAGUUUUCUCUGGAAACCCCUAUCCUUUUGGAAUUGAUCCGGUAAUCAGAACUCCUCCUGACAUUCAUCUGGCAGUGGGUCAUGGCGGAGGGAAGAGGGGUGAUCUGUUGGUUGGGCCAAUCUAAGAUUUCUGGGGAAAUAACAGAUGGUAGCAAGUAGCAGAUUGGGGUAACCAGCUUUGCUUUCUGUGUCUUUUUAACAGCUGAAGGAUAAGCAGAAAUUCAGCAGGUGAAGGGUCUAGCCCAGGCAUAGGCAAACUUGGCCCUCCAGAUGUUUUGGGACUACAACUCCCAUCUUCCCUAGCUAACAGGACCCAGUGGUCAGGGAUGAUGGGAGUUGUAGUCCCAAAACAUUUGGAGGGCCGAGUUUGCCUAUGCCUGGGCUAGCCUUUGCUGCAUUGCUGUGCUGGGGAAAAGCUUUUGCUUGUUGAAUUUCUACCUGCCACUCAGCUGAUCAAAGCAUAGCACUACGUCCGUGUCUUGCCGGGUCAACUUCUCUUGGAGGCAAUUUAGCGAAAUUCAUUUACUGAGCCUUCCCCAACUUGCCAUGGUUGGAUUGCAGCUCCCAUCAGAGUUGGCAAAACACACCAUGUUUUUGUAAUGAAAUUCAAAGUUUUACUCAGAAAUUGUUUGUAUUGGAAUACAUGAAAUAUUUUAGUGCAGGGCAACUCAGUAACGUACGCUUCCCUCACAUCCAGUUACCUGGGAGGAGCCCCAUACGAUGCAAUGAGACUUAACUCCUGAAUGGACAUGUGCAGAUAUUUAUUAAUGAACUUUCUUCCCUGCCCCUCCCCAUAAGGCCUUGAUUACAACCACAAAACCAUUCGGUCACAACAACCUCAACGUACAGUUAUAAAAGGAAGUGGGGACAGCAAAACCCUUCCAACCAGAACAGAAAUAGUACAGAUUGAACAAAAGACCUUAAUCGCUGAAUGCCAGCGGUGAAGUGUUAUGUCUUGGGCAUGUAAGCAGAAGCUGUGCAAGAAAAGUUAAACCCACACCUCUGUGUGGAAUGACUUCUGCAAUUCAGGGGCUGCCACAGAGAAAACACUCUCCUGGGCUGCCAAUCCCCACGUUUCCAAGGAUUAGCUUUUAAGGGGGGGAAACAAUGGCACUGUAAAUUGGAAAUGUCAAUCUGCAUUCUGCAUUAACUGAUGCUGGUUAACAUUUUAGAAAUGGAACAAUGGAGUAGCGAAUUUCCCCCCGGGACAUUUUCUUCCCCACAUCAUUGCUGCCUCCCAUCAAAAGAACUCCACCUUGUUGAGGCUAUUUGAAGCAAGCAGGAGAGAGCUUCCCAAUUAAUGUCUUAAUGGUGUCGGCCCAGUAUCUGGUCACUAGAUGGCAGCCUUGGUUGCAAGUAAACCCUCCUCCUUGGAGACCCUUCUAGCGGCAGUCAUACAGCGGCAGACUUUGGGUGGCGCCGCAUAGGCCUCAUCCUGUUUCAGUCCAUCAGUCAUAUUUGCCUAUUUCAGCCAGACUGGUCCAUAGGUUUACCAAGACACAAACAGUACAAUUGAAAACAGUGGAGAACCAUACAUGAGGAAUAUGCAUUCAACACUUCCCUUCUCACAUUCUCAGUGAAUGCUAGGAUAACAUCCCCAGUGAUGGAUUGUGUUCAGCAUUCGUGGGAAAGGGGCCCUUUGAAGGGAAUGUGUGAAGCUAGAGGCAGGCCCUUCUGGUGGCAGUGAUCCUGUCAUUCAUCAGGAUUGGGGGGCAAGUGCAGGUAGUGAGGUCGAGGGACAGAGAUGAGAGGACCUCGCAGUUUCUCUUCUCCCCAUUUCUCAGCUUUCUGGUCUUAAAUUCAGUUCUCCACAUUUCUGAGGCAAUUUUGCAUUUUUUUUUUAAAAAGAUAUUCACGAAAAUCAGUUAGCGUUUUGGUAUGAAUUUCUCCUCGAAGACACAUUUUUGUAUUCAGUUUUGACUCACCUAUUUACAAAGCAAUUUCCCCUAACAUCAUUAAGGCAAUUUUGACUACUGCAUUCAUUUUAAUAUGCACUUUCCUUUAAUAUCUGCAAAUAUUGGAGACCUGCAUCACAAAAUUCAGAUAAGCGCAAAUUUGAAAGCAUAUCUGUGUUUUGGUUUGCAUACUGUUUUGGAUUCAACCAAUUUACUUUUAAGUGCAAAUCAGAUUGAAUUUCUCCCUAGUUUGGGGCUAUGAUCCCUCACGGGCAUGUACAUCUGCAGGGUGCUUCUGCCCCCAAACCCAGCUCUCCGUUGACCUUGCUGCCUCCUCUUCGCCCCACUCUAUCCCAGUUCUGGAGAGCAGCCGUAUUGCUGCCAGAACAGCACUGCUACAACACCCACCCCAUGCUGCUCCCAUCUCAGUGUCCAGGAUGCAGGGGGUGGCAUGAAUUGGAUGAAUGGCACUUCUUUUAAGAUUAGAGGGGUAACGCCUUCUGUGUUUAUAAUCUCGUGGCCUGACAGGCCCUUACUUACAACUUUCAUUAUGUUCACAUGUCUUCUUUCCUGUUUCUCCAAGAUCUGGAACAUUGCAAGCAACAAGUUGACGUUUUUAAACUCCUACAAAAUGAAGAUGUCUGUUGUCAUGGGAAUCACACACAUGGUCUUUGGGGUAAUACUCAGUCUCUUCAACUACAUGUAAGUUUAAAUGUCCCAUGCUUAAUUCAUAUGUUGCUUGUUGUAGUAUACAACUGUGAUUCAUUUGUAGGUUUCCUGAACUGGAAUCCUUUUUUUGCUGUUCUGCCUUGGAGAUCUUGCUGUUUCCCAGGCCCAGGUGCCUUGGUUCUUCAUUUGUGAUCUCUUUGCUCUCCCUAUUUUCAUUUGACCAUAUCUUCAGUGUCCGUAUCCCUCAUGUAGGAGAAUGUUGGGCUUCACUCCUCAGUGUUGCUGAGAGACUGAAUUAAUUAAACUCUGCCAAGAGAGGCUCCCUUAAUUACCACUCCAGACUGACCAAUAUUUUAAGAUUGCAGGAAGUAAAGCUACCUUCUUAGUGAUUUGGUCAAGGCAUCAGAUUGGAAUAAUGACUUGCAGUUUCUGGAGUUUAAAGGCUUUAUUCAUGCAGGAACUAUUUGCAAGAUGGGUGGAGACAGGAGAGAAAUAGCAGACAUCUUUUCUGGAGGAAUAGCAAACAAGACGACUCAGCUUUUAGGGGUGGAGUUAACUUAAACAGAGGGGUUACAAGAAAAUUCUGGCUAGAUUGCUACAUAAGCAGUGUCCUCUGGUUGUUUAAAACAACACAUGCAUUAAUUAGAACCUUAAGAGAAGGAAGCAUACUGCUUUCCUCCAACAGAUUCUUCUUCUUCUUACAAAGAAUCACCAAUCUCCAUGUUGUUGAGCACUUUCAGGAAGGUGAAAGCCAUCCCACCACCAAUUAUCAUCUCAUUGACUUGAUCCAGUAUGUUUUGGGUCAGCUGAAUCUUAUCUUGAACUUCAGCACUUCCAAGGAUUGCUAGGAAGGGUCACUCUGGACUUUCUAGAGCAGUCUUUUUUCAACCUUGGGUCCCCAGAUGUUUUUGAGCUACAUCUCCCAUCAUCAUUUACCACGGGCCAUCCUAGCUAGGAAUGAUGGGUGUUCUAGUUCAACAUUUGGUGACCCAAGGUUGAGAAAAGCUGCUCUAGAGCUUUAGCAAAAUAUUCAAGUUUUUUCUUUAUCAGGAAACCAGCAGCUUUGAGGUAGAUUGAACCCAACCAUGGUACUGUGAGCUCUCUGUGCAGUUCCGAAAGCACCAAUGAUAAAAUCAUCUCCUAGUUUAGAAAGUGAUGCUCUGAAAUCACCUACCUUUGCUGAAUCAGCCUUGAUUCAGUAUCUUCCCCCUUUCCCUUCCUCUUCUGCAUGGAAUCAGAGGUUUCCCUGAAGAGUGACUGAGCUAGUUUCAGGAUCAGAAUCAGCUGCUUCCACCUCCGAACCCACACAGUCUUCCAGGAACAAGGCAUCCCUGUCAAAGUCCUGCGGCUACAGGUUGCAAGGAGAAUUUCUCAGGCAUAGGAACUCCACCAAAUCACCCCAGGUGACUCAUCAGUACCACAGACCUAUCUCUGUGGUCCAAGCAAUGCUUGAUGGUUGGGACAGCUGCCCUGAAUCUCUGGUGGUUGGUUAAUUUGUUGUCCUUCAUUGGGACGUUGAAGUCAACCUGCAUGACCAUGUACUUGCCCUUCACAUUCACAUUGUCCAGGAUGGGCUUAGUAGAGAGACUUUUUCUCAACAGAAGAUGCUGGCUCAGUCUUGCUUGACCAAACGAUUGCAGCCUCUUCUUCCUUCAUUGGGUGCAGUUGAAAAGAGCAAUCCACGUGUCACUUGUUUUCCAAGUACUUUGCAAGAUCGGUAGUAUCUGGUACUUUGCAGAAGCAGGAUGUUCCUAUCUUUGCUGGCCACGGUCUGAUGUAUUACAACAGAAGCACCUAGGAAGCAAUCUGCCUUAUCUUGGCUUCCUGUUUUUACUGACUGUUAGAAACGGUUGCACUAGACUUCAUUUAAGCUGGCAAAAAGUGAGAGCAAGGCAUAUGUGGAGGGGGAAAGCCAUUGAUUAUAGAUGUAUGUAAAGCUAACAAUCAAGAAAGCUGGAUUGUAAUUUUAUUUCAAGAUCAAAUCAGUAUUAUUUUGAUCGGUUGUCGCGGGGCUCCUAAAAGGCCCAUAGGCCUAUUUAGUAAUCCGGCACUGUCUGGUGGCUUCACCUUACCAGAAUAAACCAAGUGGUGAUUUAAUAUGUCCCGAUUGUCCUCCUUCCUUCCACAUCAUCCUGUAAAUCAGCUUUCUCCAACAGGCUGCCUUCUAGAUGUUGUAGGGCUACAACUCCCACCAUCAUCUCCAUCUAGCAUAGCCAAUGGCCAAGAGGAAUGAUGGGAGGAGUCCAAUAAUGUCUGGAGGACACCACACUGUGGGAAGCUGCUGCAAACUCUCUUCGCUUCCACACUGAUGUUUUUUCCUUCUCUUGGCUCCUGUCUUCCCAGAUAUUUCAGGCAAACCCUCAACAUCAUCCUGCAGUUCAUCCCACAGAUGAUUUUCAUCCUCUGCUUGUUUGGUUACCUGGUUUUCAUGAUUAUUUUCAAGUGGUGCCAAUACGGUGUUGCUGACGCCCAAGACGCCCCAAGCAUCCUCAUCCAUUUUAUCAACAUGUUUCUGUUCAGUUACAGCGAUGAGACAAAUGCUCCCCUGUAUGUGCAUCAGGUGUGGUCUCCCUUCUCUUUUGCUAUGAACUUUGUUACUGAGGAAGUACACUUUAGCCAAGCCUAGAGUUUUAUAUGCUAACCUUUUUUUUUAAAUAACGGGGGGUGGGGGGUGGGUUCACAAAUUAAGAUAAAAUUCUGGCUGAGACUGAUGGGAGUUUUAGUCUAAAAUAUUUGAGGGGCACCAGGUUUGGAAGGCUGGUUUAGGGUUAUUUUUGACUAUUUAUCAUGGACCAAGGAGGAUUCAGAGUCUAAUGUAGCUUAGGGCUGCCAGAUUUUCCCGGACAUUACUGAGAUUUCAAAGGCAGAAUUGAUGUCCAGGGGGAAUUUCUGAAAGGUGGUGCUUUGUCCUGGAUCUUAGGCAACUGAAAAAUUGUGGGGUUUUUUGCGUUUAUGUAAAAAGAAGAAGAAGAAAAGCUGCUGGUUUUUAUUUUUGAAAUAUGGCCACCCUAAUGUAGCUCUGUGUGUUGGAAACGGUAUGUUUUCAUGCUGUAGAGCCCUGGAUCUGCCAGUACUGGAAAAGGGGUUCUUUCCUUAUAAAAACGAGAUGUUGAGAAAGCAGGCAAGCAGAGACUUCAGGUGAAACAGAUAAACUUCAUUUUGUUCAGGAAGCUUAAUCUCAGAGUAAUGAAAAUGAGAACAAAACAACCCAGCCCGUUUCAUGACAGACUUUUAUGUGCCCUGUAAAUGGCACAGAAUCACUCAGUUCCAGGUUACAAAUUAAAAGUACAUACAUGAGCUUGCAAGUAGCAGGUUGGCAAAUGCUCUUGAUUUAUGAGCACGCUCUUGAGGAAGGAGAAUACAGGCAGCAUGCAUGGCAAACCAUCUUAAAUCAAAAGCACAGUUUGAAAGUUGCGAAACAUUUCCCCAAAGAGUCCUAAUUAAUCAUGUUGGUAAGGCAGCUUCAAAGUUCAGUGGUUUCCCAGGAUAUGUUUCUGAUUCUCAAAUAGCAAUUUCACUGAUCUUCAGCCAGAAUAGUUGAGUUUUUCAGAAUACAUAGGGCCAUUUCUUUUAACAAAACUGUAUUGCCAAAUCAUAGCUCCUUCCCUCAAGGUAAAAUAAACUUCCUUACAUGGGUCUCAUCUGCACCAUACAUUUAAAGCAGUAUCAUACCACUUUAAACAAUCAUGGUUCACACACCCCAAGAAUCCUGGGAACUAUAGUGUGUUAAAGGUAAAGGUACCCCCUGACCAUUAGGUCCAGUCGUGAUCAACUCUGGGGUUGCGGCGCUCAUCUCGCUCUAUGGGCCGAGGGAGCCGGCGUUUGUCCGCAGACAGCUUCCAGGUCAUGUGGCCAGCAUGACUAAACCGCUUCUGGCGAACCAGAGCAGCACACGGAAACGCCAUUUACCUUCCCGCCGGAGCGGUUCCUAUUUAUCUACUUGCACUUUGAGGUGCUUUCGAACUGCUAGGUUGGCAGAAGCGGGGACCGAGCAACGGGAGUUCACCCCGUCGCGGGGAUUCGAACCGCCGACCUUCUGAUCAGCAAGUCCUAGGCUCUGUGGUUUAAUCCACAGUGCCACCCGCGUCCCUCAUAGUGUGUUAGGAGACCCCUAUUUCCCUCCAGACCUACAAUUCCCAGAGUUCCCUGGCAAGAGGGGUCGAGUGUUAAACCACUCAGAAUUGGAGCUCUCGGUGAGCCAGUGUGUUAUUUUCCAAUAUCACAGCAGAAUGGCAUUUUUGAAAAAAGAUAAUUGACACCGAAUUUUCCUUUAAGCCGGUGUGGGUGGGUGGUGUGUAUUGCUUAUCUAACUAUCUUAUUUCCUUCCUUCCUUGUAGCAAGAAGUACAAACCUUCCUGGUAAUUUUUGCUCUGAUUUCUGUUCCUUGGAUGCUUUUGAUUAAACCUUUCAUCCUUCGAGCCAAUCACCAGAGAGCUCAGCGUAUGGUAAGAAUAAAGGUCUCUUGAGACAUUUGGCCUCCUGGCUAGAGGUAAAGGCAAUCUUGGGUUGAGUGAGAUGAGCUGAAGAUUUUGUAGCAAAGAUUUGCAAAUCUCAUGGUUUGCAAGUCAUUACAAAACCAGGUUCUGAAAGCACUGAAUUGGAGAACUGGAAGAAACCUUGUAAUUCAACUAAUCCAACCCCUUUCCAGUGGAGGGAAUCUGCUACUACAGCAUCUGCGAUAGAUGAUCAACCAGACUGAUUGGAAUUGGAAAGAGGAUAUAUCAAUUAUACUAAUCUUCUAGACACCCAGCGUGUGUGGAUUAACAACAAAGGAAAAAUGGCUGGCGCCUGUUUCUAAAACACAGGGGGUUUGCAAUCCAUCCAGCAGGAGAAAGCCCCAUUAGCAGAGUUAAAACUCACAAGUUUAUGCAGAAGCAUAGCAUCAGUAAUACAUAGGCUACCCAUUGAGGUGGUCUUGGCUGAAAGAUGGUGGCUUGACCAAUAGCUAUGCAAUAAACUUCAUUUUUGAACAAAAGGCUGAGUCCACUUCUCUAACUUUCUGUCUGCUAGGCCAUAGUCCGCUCUUGCUCAUAUAAAAAGCAGCUUUCUGAAUUCAGUCCAUUUGAAAACGAUUAUAAUGCAACCCAAACAUUGAACCACUGGAAGAGACUUGCUAACAAGUUCCCCUCCACCCCGCCCACCACAAUAUAUGCAGUAUUAAUUUCUUAGAUGGGUGAUGAUUUCAUUCAAAGAUUAUUUUCACUGCCCUGUAAUUCAUUGUUUCGCCAUCUGAAGUACAUUUAGACAUUCCCCAUAGCAACUGACUACUAAUGAGCCCAUUUGUCAGCCAAAGCCUUAUUCAAUAAUAAGAACCUUUUUUGUAGCUUGUUAAGAUGUGAAAUUGAUGUCUGGUAAAAUUUUUGACAGUGAGGCGACAGAAAAAUGGAUUGCCUGAUGCAUGUAUAUAGAAAUUGGUUGAUUACUGUGCAAUCAAAGGAUCUCUUUAAACCAGGACUGGGGAGCCUCAGACUCAGGGGGCCAAAUGAGAACCUCCUGGUUCCUCUAUCCAGCUCUCAGGUUUCUCCUCAGGACAAGCUCCCCAUCAGACCUUCUCCAGACCUAGCUUGACUGCUUCUGCCUGACUGCCGUGUGUGUGUGUGUGUGUGUGUGUGUGUGUGUGUGUGUUGAAAGCUCUUGUCUUUAAGGGGCUAUAAUGUAGCCAACUGCACUGAGGUAAGAAUUGCAUCUUAAAGGAGCGUCUCCACCCACAUUGUUCAGCCCAGACACUGAGGUGUCCAGCUCCAAGGGCCUUCUGGCAGUUCCCUCACUGUGAAAAGUGAGGUUACAGGGAACCAGGCAGAGGGCCUUCUCAGUGGUGGCACCGCCCUGUGGAACGCCCUCCCAUCAGAUGUCAAGGAAAUAAACAACUAUCUGACUUUUAGAAGAUAUCUGAAAGCAGCCCUGUUUAGGGAACUUUUUAAUGUUUGAUCUUUUAUUGUGUUUUUAAUAUUCUGUUGGGAGCUGCCCAGAGUGGCUGGGGAAACCCAACCAAAUGGGCGAGGUAUAAAUAAUAAAUUAUUAUAUUAUUACCCAUUGUCCACCCUACCCCUGGCAGGCAGGUUCUGGAAGCUUGACCACAAGAAUUAGGGGGCCUUGGGCUGAAUGGGGGUACCAACCUGUGAUUUAAACGAAAUAUUAUUAUUUUUAAAAACUAUUUCUGCAAUAAAACCUUUUGCUGGGUCUGCUUUUUUUGGAGUAGACUGACUAAAGCCGUUCUCUGUUUUGCUUCUCUUAAGCUGGCUUCACCUGAGCUGUCGGAGAGCCCCACUGGGGACAUUGAGGUGGAGAUCAUUAAGUCUGACUAUCCUAAGAAGCCAGUCCAAGAAGACCACAGUGAUGGCGGUCACCAUGGCGGGCAUGAGGACCAUGAGGAAGAGGUAGGGGCAACCAAAAGUAGGGGAGGAAGAGGUAGGGCUGGAGAAAAUCCCUUAUGGAGGGGGAAAAACAUGGUUUCUUCAUUUUGAGGCUUUUUAGUCAAGAAGAAAGAGAUGCAGGAAAUUAUUUAUGCUGUGGAGAAAGUGAAUUGGGAGAGGUUUUGUUUUUCCCCCUCCCUCAUAGCACUAGAACCCGGGGUCCUCCACUGAAGCCGAUUGUACUGUUUUACAUAUAUUCAGUAAAACAAUGAACAUUAAUAAACCAACCAUGCACUGAUGUACAGUUACUAACAUGAGAUUGCAUUUGUUUUGUUUUGUUUUUUGUUUAUCAAUGCCUGAUGAAGCUGAUUAACGUGCGCUUCAGAACAGACAAAAGGAGCCGCCUCUUCACAUGGCAUGUAGGCCACUUUCAGCCAAAGUGUUUGAAGAAUUGUGUGCAGAGGUUAUAUGGCAUUACUGGCAAGUGGCCGUUAUCCUGUAUAUAUAUCUAUAUAGCUAGAGAUAUACAAGCAGACACUAGCAGCUUUGUCUCCAAUAUUGCUCAGGAAUUCUAAAAAACACACACACACACACACACACACACACACACACCAUUGCAGAUUUGAAAGGGUCUGUCUUAAUUCAACAUGGUGUCCAGUUGGGUCCAAAUGUAGUUGAAAGGUCAACAGCAUUAGUGUGAUUAAAGAAUGAAGGCAGUAUUGGUAGCAGGUGCUCUGUUUGAGAAACAAAUCCAAAAUAUUUAGGGGAGAACCGGUUAUGUAGUUUUUAUUUAUUGAUUUAUUGAUUAAAUUUUAGUAAUAAAGAAAAAGAAAUGCACCCUACCGGUGUAUGCAAAAGCAUACAAAAAUAUGGCUACUAUUUACAUACACAUAAACACUUCCCACCCCCAUAUCUUCCCACCACCACACCCUUUAACCCCCGCCUCCACAACAUCUCUACUUCCUUAUCUUAUAGAUUCAAUACUAUCAUUGCAAUUUUUAAAUUUUUAUCUUCAAGUUCUUCAUGAAUCAUACCCUAGUAGCUCUUGGUUUUUUCGCAGCUCCACCAGAACAAUGUUCCUUCCAUUUUCCACAUUUCCAGCAUAAAUUAGACUUUUGUUUAUAAAUUUUGGCAAGCUUUGAUGGUGUUAGGUGUUAGGUACCACCUGAAAAACAUUUUCUUGAAAUUCUCUUUUAUGGUGUAGCAAGUGGUGAACCUAAUAUCUAUACACCAGAGCCUUUCCCACUGUUCCAAAUAUAUCGUAUGGCCGAUGUCUUGAGCCCACUGUACCAUCACCUCUUUAACUACUUCUUCUUGUAGGUCCCAAUCUAAUAAGAUUGCAAACCUUUGAUAAUGUUUUCUUAUUGCUUUUCAAUAGUACAUUGUGCAAUUUCGAUUCUUCUGUGCCAAAUCCUCGGUUAUGUUGUUCUUUGAGUGCUCCUGGCCACAGUAUAGAUGUCAUUUUUUCCCUUUAAAAUCUCUUUCAGUUCAACUUUGGAGACAUCUUUGUUCACCAGGCUAUUCACACCAUCGAAUAUUGCCUGGGUUGCAUUUCCAACACAGCUUCCUACCUUCGGCUCUGGGCGCUGAGCUUGGCACAUGCACGUGAGUUUUUCAUUUGUGGUGCUCACUGUGUUUUAUGUGUCUGAAUCGCAGAGUUGGAAGGGAGCCUGAUGAUCAUCUAAUCCAACCCCUUGAAGUGCAGGAAUAUACAGUUGUCCCUUACAGGGACUGAACCUGUUUUGGCAUGGGAUGAGAGAAUACUAAUACUAGGCAUCUCUGCAGAGUAGGUGUUGGGAACCUGGUAACUAUCAGGCAUUGCUGGACUCCAGUUCCCAUCAGCCCUUGAUGAAACUCAGUCCAACAACAUCUGGAGGGCCACAGGUGCCUCAUCCCUUAUUUGAAGCACCAGCAGAUAAUUAGGAACUCAGUGACAAUGUACAAGGAAAGUCAUACUGCAUUCAACUAAGUUUUACUCAGAAUAGUCAUUGACAUGAAUGGAUCUAACUUAUCCAUGUUCAUUAAUUUCAACAGGUCUACUCUAAGCAAAGCUUAGUUGAAUACCACACACAGGCACAUUUAAGCUAAAAGUGAGCCAAAAGAUGGGGAGUGUUUUUUCAACGUUUUGGGCAUUGCCAAGAAAACACCACCACCCUUCUGGGGCAAUUUGGUGGGCCUUGUAUUGAGAGGAGGUGACAAAGUCUGAGGGUGAUCAGUGGUCCAGCUGACUGAGUUCAACCAAAUGACUGAUGCAGGCAGCAGUGCCCUCGCUGGGAGUUGGCUUUGUUUGCUCUUGGUGAUGUCAUUGGAAAGCCAGUUCUGAUCAGUUACAGAGCUGCGAUGCCAUCACGUUCAAUAUUGGUUGGGCGCACUUUUUAAGAACAGAGCCCUAGACAGGAAAAAUAACGGCACUGAUUCAUCAACAAAGAAAGUAGAAAGUGGCAGUGAAUUUCAGAUAUUGUUGUAUUACAAAGGUUGAAGCUCCAUCCACUGCUAGCAUGUGGCCCUUGGGAGGUUGCCCAAAAAGGAAUGCUGCCCUCUGGCUAAAACAGGUUCUGGCCUUCAUGGUGGUGGGGGGAACAGAGGGGAGCUGUGACUUACUCUGAUUAGGGGGAUCUCCUGCCUGAAUGGUCUUUAAUGUCUUGCUGUUCAUGGCUGUUUCUUGUGUGACAUUUGCCUCUGUAAUCUCUUCCCCCCCAAUGUGGUGUAGUGGUUAAGAGCGGUAGACUCGUAAUCUGGGGAACCAGGUUCGCUUCCCCGCUCCUCCACAUGCAGCUGCUGGGUGACCUUGGGCUAGUCACACUUCUCUGAAGCCUCUCAGCCCCACUCACCUCACAGAGUGUUUUUUGUGGGGGAGGAAGGGAAAGGAGAAUGUUAGUCGCUUUGAGACUCCUUCGGGUAGUGAGAAAGCGAGAUAUCAAAUCCAAACUCCUCCUCUUCUCCAGAGCUCUCAGAGGUCCUCUGGGGCCAGGUGCUGAUCAUCUCAUUCCACUCCAGUGGCAACUGGAUAGGACUCAUCGUAAUCUUCGUCCUCUUUGCCGUCUUUGCUGCUCUGACUGUAGCCAUUUUACUGAUCAUGGAGGGCCUCUCUGCCUUCCUGCAUGCCCUGAGACUUCACUGGUAGGUAACCUGGGUGCAUUUGAGUAGGAAAAGGGUUGACAAAGAAAUAACAAAAGGAAAUAGUUUGCAAAUGUAUCGCUACAGGUUCCCCACAUUCCCAGUCGGCUCAGUGAUACUCUCCUACAGGAGAGAACUUGGGAGAGUUGUGGUGCUUCUUGAAACGUUUAGUUUAUUUACAAUUAUACAAGUUGAGCAUAGGCGGAGGUGAUCAGUGAUACACAUUCCUACCAAGGAGUAGAUCUGCUACCUUAUAUCGGAUCUCCAGAGAGAGACACCUACAUCACAAAGAGGCUUCUAGCCUUUAGAUCACAGCUCAUUUGUUCUGGGAUGGGGGGGGGAUUUGAUUCAGUUCUCAUUUGAAGGCGAAAGACAGUGUUUUAAUGGAUGCAUUGUUCUGAUCUUCUCUUUUCAAAAAUGAAAAAAAAAUGCUUAACUAUUUCCUUUUGUAAGCCACCUUGAUUGCUGUUUAAUAGAAAAGUAGGAUAGAAACAGGGAUGCGGGUGGCGCUGUGUGUUAAACCACAGAGCCUAGGGCUUGCCAGUCAGAAGGUCGGUGGUUUUUAAUCCCUGCGACUGGGUGAGCUCCUGUUGCUCAGUCCCUGCUCCUGCCAACCUAGCAGUUCGAAAGCACGAAAUGCAAGUAGAUAAAUAGGUACCACUCCGGCGGGAAGGUAAACGGCGUUUCCGUGCGCUGCUCUGGUUCGCCAGAAGUGGCUUAGUCAAGCUGUAUGCCGGCUCCCUCGGCCAAUAAAGCGAGAUGAGCGCCGCAACCCCAGAGUCUGUCACGACUGGACCUAAUGGGCAGGGGUUCCUUUACCUUAGGAUAGAAUAAUAAACUUGACCAGUGGUUCACAGACCUCAGGGGGUCUGUGUAACCCACCCAGUGGGUCUGUGGCACCAUUCACAUAAUAAAAACUACCAUAGCGAUAGGUAGGGGGUCCAUGGCUUGGCUUUUGAAAAACAAAGGGCUGGCUUCUACUUGGCUAAUUGAGAACUGCUGAAUUAGAUUAAACUAACCCCUCAUUGAACACAGAACCCUGCUUAUUUGACAUGCCUUUCUUUCCCCUCCCAUUAGGGUGGAGUUCCAGAACAAAUUCUACUCUGGAGCAGGAUAUGCAUUUGUACCAUUCUCCUUUAAAGCCAUCAUAGAACGAGCAGAAGACUGAAGCCCACUUAGAGCAUGGAGAUCUAAAACUUUCAAGAUUGCUGCUCCUCCUCUUCCUAACUCUCAAGAUUAGCUUCCUCCUCCUCCAGCUGCAAGGGAAAGUUGUUCAGCUUCAGGAAUACUUCACAAUAUUUCCCUCUAUAAACCAUUGU